AUGCUCACGCAGCAUAUCAUCCGCAGUGAUGUGGUUAUGGUUCGCGAUUUCUGCGGUAAUGCUCAAUUCUUUCGAUAUUGGUUAAAAGGCUUUGGAUCAGCAAUAAUAUCUAUACGAAUACACUCCGACCUCGAAAAACCAUUCUGCAACGGUGAAGCGAAAGUACCAUCUGACGAGGGUAACGCUGCUCUCAUGCGACAAUUUAGCGAGUUAAAAGGAUCAGCAAUGGUCAGCCAAGACGCGUUGCAGACCGAAGCUUUAAAUUGCAUAGACAACUUUGACGAAAAGGAUUGCGACUCUACAUUUGCUCUUAAUUAUACUAAGACAACGAAUAUAAAGGUUGCAGCUUCAGCAGCUUCGCACUAUGGAGAAAGACUGAAGAAGGUAUAG